GGUUCAUACUGGCUCAUGCUGGUUCAUACUGGUUCAUACUGGUUUGUACUGGUUUCUGUCCCAGUUUACGCCAUCCGGGAGGCCGCCACCAGUAACCUGCGCAAACUGGUGGAGCGUUUUGGCCACACGUGGGCCCAGGGCACCAUCGUCCCCAAAGUUCUGGCCAUGGCCGCCGACCCCAAUUACCUGCACCGCAUGACCACGCUCUUCUGCAUCAACGUCCUGUCCGAGGUCUGUGGCCAGGAAGUCACCACCACGCAGAUGUUGCCCACCGUGCUCCGCAUGGCGGCCGACGCCGUGGCCAACGUUCGCUUCAACGUGGCCAAAUCGCUGCAGCGCAUCGGGCCCAUCCUGGACAGCGGGACGCUGCAGACCGAGGUGAAGCCGGUGCUGGAGAAGCUGACGCAGGACCAGGACGUCGACGUCAAAUAUUUCGCACAGGAGGCGCUGACAGGUGAGGGGGGGGGAAAAUACACCUGAAAUACACCUGGAAAU